UUUUACGUUUUGUUCCCAGCAUGAAGCUGUUAAUAGCAUUGUGCGUGGUGGCGCUAGCAGCGCACGCGCAAGCUCGUGUCACCGCUACACAAACCCCUGUGUCUACGCACAUCACCUCGCUCACGGACAAGGAUGCCAGAAGCAAGGCCAAGGUCCACCCAGCCUUUGCCAAUGCUGGCCAGCGAGCAGGCGUUGAAGUCUGGAGGAUAGAGAAUUUCGAUCCAGUACCAGUUGCUCAGAAUGACUAUGGGAAAUUCUACAAGGGGGACUCCUACAUCGUUUUGAAGACGACAGCAGACAAACGCAACAACCUCGCCCACGAUAUCCACUACUGGAUCGGCAGUCAGUCCACCCAGGACGAGUCGGGGGCGGCGGCCAUUUUGACUGUCGGUUUGGAUGACAAGUUCAACGGCGCCGCCAUCCAGCACAGAGAAGCUAUGGGCUAUGAGAGCGCGCAGUUUUUGGGAUAUUUCCAACCAGCCAUCAGAUACGUGGACGGAGGAGUAGCUUCGGGCUUCAACCACGUCGUCACCAACCCUGGUGCAGAGAAGAGGCUGUUCCAGGUCAAAGGCAAGAGAAACGUGAGAGUACGACAGGUGGAUCCCCUCAUCUCCUCGAUGAACGAAGGCGACUGCUUCAUCCUGGACCAAGACCAGACCAUCCUGGUAUACGUGGGGAAGAAGGCGAAGAAUGUGGAGAAGCUCAAGGCCAUAUCUAUGGCCAACCAGAUCAGGGACCAGGACCACAACGGCAGGGGACGUGUGGAGAUCAUUGGUGAAUAUAGAUCGUUUUAUCCACGAAGACGCGCCCCACCAUUCUUCCGCUAAUGUUUGAGUGCUAUC